AGGUAUGUAUGAGUUUAAAACCAAAACAACAAUGUUGUUGGUCAUUUUUUCAUUGUUAAAGAUUAAAAUUAACCCACGCAUUAAAUUAAAAGAUUCAAAGAUCUACUUUCACAAGUAAAACAAUAUCUAUUAGUGGUGAUUUUGUAUUAAAAAGCACUUUUAUUUACACUUAAUGUUUAUAUACUGAUAGCUUUGUGUUAGUGCCACAUUUAGUAAUUACAUUCAUCAUAAAUCACUGAAAAUCAUAGUUAUAAAUAAAUAUAUAAGCCAAAUUAAUGCUUUCUUAUUUCAAGAGUUUAUUGUUUUACAAUUUUUUUUAUUUCCAGCAAACACCCUACAUGAUUUAAUUUACAUUAAGAAAAAUACAAGUUAAAUGUUUUUUUUGUAUAAUGUAAACUUAUAAAACCUGUGCAUACCACUUUUAUCUCUUUCUACGAAUUAUCCCCCAUCUUACUUCCCUUUUUUAACGUUCUCCUGCUCUCUCCUCUUCCCCCUCCCCUGCUGUCUCCCUCCUCACCCUCACUGUGUGUGCUGUCAAUAAUUGAUGAUUAUCACCGACUCAAAGGGUAACAGUGCCCGGGGAGAGAAAAGAAAAAAAAGUCUCACCCAUUUCUUUAUUUAUUUACAAGUCUAUCUUUAAACCAGCCUGCCGCCACCACCACACUACUACUACUACUAAUAUGAUGGAUCAGUGACAUGGAGCGGAAUGAGGAGUCAGUCUUUAUACCUGGAGCUCAGGCUGCACAUGUGACCGUGAGCGGGUUAAUGCUGCCUGUAUGUCUGGCAACAGGACGUGGAGGAAAGGGGAGCUUAAAUGAGUGAGUGGCAGGGGGCAGGAGAGGAGGAGGAAGUUGGAGGAGGAGAGGUGGAGAGACAGAAUGAUAGAGAGAAUUAAUUCAAGCUUAGCCAGCCCUGAUUGACUCUGUACCAAACUGGCAUGUACAAACAUUCAGAGUGACACCAAAGCCAUGGAGGGAGAGAAGAGGAAUGACAUGUCACUCUCUAAAAAGAGAAGUUUCACUUUGGGAGCGUACGGCAGUGUGGACAGAAUCACCUGUGGGGAUGAGACAAGACCUGAAUCCAUGGAGAACAACCUGCAGGACAGUCUGGACUCUCCAACAAGUGACGGCAAGCCCCCACUUUCCUCCAGCAGCAGCAGCCAGAGGGAUGCAGAACUGUUCGAAAUCAUUGCAAAGCUGCAGGGCAGCAGGAUCGAUGAGCAAAGAUGUGAAUUCCCACUACCUCUGAAGUCUCAGCUUUUGACCAUAGGUUCAGACCUGCCUCUCAUCCUUCCCUCCAAACUGGGGGGCUACUGGAUCGACCCGCCUCUACAGAAGCUGGUAGACAUGAGCCCCACCUCCUCCCACCUCGACCCAGAGAGCUACGACAUUAUGGAGCGAGACGGAGAGGCCAAAAUCUACCACGAGUUUUUCCGCUCAAGAUAUCACCACUCAUUCACAGCAGUGGACCCACUGCUGGGGCCUCUGGUUCUCUCUGUGUGUUUGGAGGAAGAAGAGAACAGGCUGCGGGUGAUACUGAGGAUGAAAGAGUGUUCGCUGCAUGGGACCUUCUCUGUGUCCAUUUUCCCCAACAUGCCUUCUGUUGUAGAAUUAGCAAAGAUGCUCUGCGAUAAAGUGACUGUCUCAAAGUUUGAUGUGGUCAGCUACCUCAAGGCUCCAGACCUGAUAACAACAUUUGAUGAGCACAGAGUUUCUUCUAAUUUUAAGUUUGGUGUAUUAUACCAACAGGAGGGGCAGCUCACAGAGGAGGAUAUACUGAGUAACAACGAGGAGAGUGAUCAGUUCAAGGACUUCCUGUCAGUUCUGGGAGAAACAGUUCAGCUGCAUGGAUUCACGGG